AUGGCGAGCAGAGCCUACGCUCACUACCACCACGCCGAUGCCUGCAGCAAAGCUCGCUGGAACGCCAGAGAGACCUACCGGUUUAUGUACGAUAGGCCUUGGCAACAUGUCCUUGACUUGUACUCAAAUGCAGUGCAAGGGAAAUUUUCAGUCUUGCAAUUGUUUGAGCCCAAAAGAACUUUGGUCCAUGAUGAUGGGAAAACCGAAGAGAAGCCUCUUGAAGCUGAAAUGGAGACUUCUACUAGAAAAGAUGGGAGGACAGGGAGAUGGGAAAGAGUGAAUUUUAAGAUAGUGCUUUCGUACAAUGGAGCUUCUUUUGAUGGAUGGCAGAAACAGCCUGACCUUCACACUGUUCAAAGUGUAGUAGAGAAGUCUCUCGGGGGAUUUGUUGAUGAAAGGAAAGCUCAACUGCUCAAGAAGAAAUGUAAACCAUUAGAAGGCCGUGUACUUGUUGCUGGAAGAACCGACAAAGGAGUGUCUGCGCUUAAUCAAGUUUGUUCUUUCUAUACCUGGAGAAAAGACAUUGAAACCAUUGAAAUUGAAGAUGCUAUCAAUAAAGAUGCUUCUGGGAAACUUAGGGUUGUGUCAAUCUCUAAGGUUUCCCGAGCAUUUCACCCAAAUUUCUCUGCAAAAUGGAGGCGUUACUUGUAUAUCUUUCCCUUGGAUAAUGCUGAGCCAUUGUGCGAGAGUGGCAAGAAUAGUGAUAAUUUGAUCUUUGAUGAGAGCCACGGAAAGAAAACAAAUGGGCUCUUAAGUGAAGAGAAAACAGAAGUAGGAAUUUUGAGCGAGGAGGAUGAGCUUGAAACUGAGGAGAUCACAAAGGUGAAUGGGCUUGAAGAAGUCGAAAAGCCGAGCGACUUCAGUGUAAGCAAGGUUGAUCAACUUUUACAGCAGCUUCAAGGAAAAGUAUUAUCCUACAAGAUGUUUGCGCGUGAUACAAAAGCUGCAAGAAACGAAGGUCCACCUACAGAAUGUCUCAUGUACCAUGCACGGGCAGCCGAAAUUAGAUUGGCCUCUUCUGAGCAUGUGGAAGGAAGAAGAGUGAUGUGCGUUGAGCUUGUUGCUAACAGAUUUCUCCGCAAGAUGGUUCGAGUUCUUGUGGCAACAACAAUCCGAGAAGCUGCAGCUGGUGCAGAAAACGAUGCAUUGUUAAAGCUGAUGGAAGCUUCAUGCAGACGAGCCACAGCUCCUCCAGCUCCAUCAGAAGGUCUCUGUCUGUUCGACGUUGGUUAUUCUGACUUUGACCCUCAAACUUCUCUCAUUUCUUGA